GGAUGAGGACGACAACAAAAAAGCCACUUCAAGUGACUACCCCAAGAAGAGUGGCAUCUAAGCCAACAACGACAAGAAGUCCUUUGUUGUCGAACACGUCUACUGUGACAAGGACGACCGAAGCACCAACAACUUCCUCAACAACUCCUUCACCCACCACCACCACCACGAGUGCUGUGGGUAAUUCCUUUGCCUAUGUGGUUGCCUUGUUGUCAAACAAAGUCGACACACAUGCCUUCGAUGAAGCUUCCUUGGCAUCUUCAUCAUCGAUGCCAACAACGGCAACAACAAGUGUCUUGAAUUUCAACUACGAUAUCCUGCCGGCCAGCACGUGGCGUAAUGGCUCAAUCGACAUUCCUAAGAUUUCCUCAAAACGUGUGGCCAAAGUUAUUGUUGGUCAAGAUUACCAGUCAAGUGCCUUGGUGGCGACCCCAUCUCCGCCCCCUGCCGCUGCUGUGCGUGUCCUGGAGGGAGGUGGCUCUUUUUCAUGUUUGGUUGAGGUUAUCCAACCGCCUUGCGAUUGUGGCUGGGGUUCAACGACCAAAGUGGUGGGAGCAUCAGGUGUGGCCGGUCUCGAUGAGUUUCCUGCCAUGGCUGGAAUUUUGGUCAAAAAAACUCAGAAGAUUUUUUGCGGGGCAGCCAUAAUUCAUCAUCGUUAUUUACUAUCGGCUGCCCAUUGUUAUGUGACACCGGAGACGGGUCGAGCGGAGCUGUUGCAGGCUGUGGUGGGGGAGCAUGAUACAUCAACAGUGCUGGAGUCCACCUUCACCCGCUAUUAUGACAUUACCCACAUUAUUAUCCAUGAAUUUUUCCGCUCCACCUCAUCGCGGGUUCACAACGACAUUGCCUUGCUGAAGACUCGCUCAUCGAUUGCCUACAAUCGCUUUGUGGGCCCUGCCUGCUUGCCAUUCCUACCAGUCAUAGGUCCGGCUGGACAUCGAAAGGCUCCCGUACCCGGCCAUCGUGUGGAGACUGCCGGUUGGGGUACCACCUCUUUUGGCGGGGAACAGUCUUCGGUGCUCUUGAAAACCACACUGGAUGUUAUAUCUCGGGAGAGUUGUCAAAAGCUGAUACACUACUUGCCGGCUGGGGCUUUUUGUACCUAUACACCGGGGCGAGAUACUUGUCAAUAUGAUUCUGGAGGUGCCCUGUAUUUACGCGGUGAACGUCUUUAUGCUGUGGGAAUUGUCAGCUAUGGUUUUGCCUGUGCCUCCAAUCAGCCCUCGGUAAAUACGAGAGUGGCCUCGCAUUUGAAAUGGAUUAGAACUAAGACAUUGGAUGCUCAAUAUUGUGUGAAAUAAGAGGGAAGGGGGAGGGAG